UCUCCCAGCCGAGUGGGGGGUGCAAGGAGCCAUUGGUGGCUGUGGAGAGGGAGAGGAGGAGAAGCAGGCAAGGACGAAGAGCCUUGGCCCCUCUUGGAGAAGCCCUCAGGGCCAGCAGCGGGGCCUGCCUCCAGGGUCUCUCCUUCUCUCUCCCGGGGAAUGGCCUCGGGGCUGCCUCCUCCGGCCCUGAGCCAAGCCUCGGUGCUGAGCUUCCUGGAGGAGCAGGGCGGCCAGGUGCGCAACGCCGAGCUGCUGAGCCGCUUCAAGCCCCUGCUGGACCCGGCGGGGGCCCCUGCUGCUGGGGAUGACGGAGCAAGAGGAGCAGGAGGAGGAGAUGGGCAGCAGGAGCAGGAGGAGGCAGCCGCCCGGAGGGAGCGCUUCAAGGGCUGGGUCAACGCCGUGGCCGUGGUCAAGGAGCUCGGAGGGGUCAAGUUCGUGGUGCUCAAGAAGAAAUACCGACGCCCCCUGGCAGCUCCUGAACCCAGAGCCCUCCAGGAGACUCCCAACCACAUGGAGGAGGAGGAGGGAGGAGAAGGAGAAAAAGACAACCUGGAGAAGAAGGAAGGAGAAGAGGAGGAGGAGGAAGAGGAAGCUGCCUCCAUCCUUGUGGCUCCUGCCAACCCUGGCUCCCCAGGCCCUUUUCAGGGACCCCUCCCUGAGGAGGAGAAGCAGGCCCUGCCUGUGUCCCAGUUGAAGAGCCUGUUUCAAAGGGAGGAUGGGGAGGCCCCCAAGCCCUCCAGCCAAGACAGGUGGGCCCCCAAAGGCCCUCCCUUGAAGCCCUGCAUGUUGCCAGUGCGCUGUGUAGUGCCCUCUGCUGGGGCGCCUGGUCAAGGCCUCAGGGAGCCCACCCCCGAGGAAGAGCAGCCCGGAGUCAGGGACUUGCUGCAGGUGGCUCCCUCGGCCCUCCGUGCCCUGUCUCCGUACGCCAAGAGACGGCAGUUGGAGGAGACGGGCUCGGGCUCCCCUUAUCUACGCCGUGUGCCCAAGUCUCAGAAGGUAGGCGAGGAAGCCGAGAGUGCAACCACUGUCCCCUUGGAAGCAGCUGAGCAUGAGUGGCUGGUGAAGUCCACAUCUGGAGAGUGGUCCCCGCAGCUGCACGGCCUGCUUCUGAGCGACAAGGACCUGGUGAGCAAAAGGGACUUCAUGAGCGGGUUCACCGUCCUGCACUGGGCGGCUAAGAGCGGGAACUGCGACAUGCUGCACAAGGUCAUCGAGGUGGCCGAGAAAGGAGGCGCUCGCGUCAACGUCAACGUCAAGUCCCACGGAGGGUACACCCCGCUCCACGUUGCCGCCAUACACGGGCAAGAAGAAGUUGUCGCCCAGCUGGUCAGGGACUACAACGCCAAAGUCAGCUUGAGGGACUACAGUGGGAAGAAGCCAUUUCAGUAUUUGAAGGAAGGGUCUUCUUUCGCAGUCCGGCAUCUCUUGCGCGACCCCCAUCUUCACACCGUCACCGGACACAACGCUUCCAUCAAGAAGAACCCCAAAGUGGCCGCCUCUAUUCUGAGCUCCACCAGCACCGUCCUGGGACUUUUGUCUGACGAUACAGCUUUCUAUGAGCUGACUAAAGGCUUAAAGAAGCCAGCCUCUUUUAAUAAGUUUCUGAAUGCAGCCACAGCCCCAAGGAGGAAGAUGAAGUCCAGAGGAACUUUCUCUUCUUAUUCUUCCUUGUCUGAGGCACUGGAGGAAGAUCAGGAGGAAACGACAACAACAACAAAACGGAGACCAAUGUCAGAGUUGUUUUUUGGCCACUAGUCUGCCUGAUGUCAAAUAAUAUGAACACUGAAGUGAGCGUAUUAGCUGGUCUAAUAAUCCAGUGAUUUAAAGUAGAUCCUCUGUGAGAGUAUAUCUAAACAUUGUAAUUGGUUGCAGCAUUCCAGAGUAUGACUUUAGACAGAUAGCCUUGAGAAAAGUUACUCUUACUAAAUUGAUGCAAAGCUUCAUUGGGGUUUUGAUGAGUUGGUUUGUGUUGGUGAGCAAACUUUAAUGUAGGAUCUUCUGGAAGUGCUUAGCUUAGGCUGCCUCAACCUCAUCUGUUAUGCAUUUCAAUUGAAAUUAAUUGAAUGAGUGAGGCUGAACUCUUGUCUCUUGCUGAAAUCAAAGAACGUACAUUGGGGUAAGCAAGGAUAGGUCUGGUCUGCAUGUACUCCUGUAUAUAAAGUGCAUUUUGAAACAAAAACACCAUGUUUAAUUCAGUGCAUGAAGAGUUUUCAGGAACAGAACAUUUGACUUAAAGUCUUUGAACACUUCUGAACUGGGAAUGAAAAGUAUUCCAUAGCGUCCUAGCCAGCUCUUCUAAAGCAGAUUAAUUUGUUAAUUGAAAGAAGGACUCCCUUCUCUAACGAUGUGCCAUUUUCCAUGUUAAAAAUGUUCAGCCCUUUGUGUUGUCGUUCACAAUGGAUACAGUUUUAUGAGAAGCACCUUACAUUUGAGAGUAUCUGUGAUUCCUGUGGUUAAAAAUCACGAGUAAAUUAAGGCACUGUAAAAAUCUGUACUCUAUUUUAUAAAGUGGAAGCAAGAAAUUAAAAAUGUUGCUUUUAUAUCAAA